AUGCUCAAUUUUCAUAAUGUCUGCUCAAUACCCAGCUCCUUCCAGCUCACUGGCAUCCCAGGGCUGGAGUCCCUGCAUAUCUGGCUCUCCAUACCUUUUGGCUCCAUGUACUUGGUGGCUGUGGUGGGGAAUGUCACUAUCCUGGCUGUGGUAAGGGUAGAGCGCAGCCUGCACCAGCCCAUGUACUUCUUCCUGUGCAUGUUAGCUGUCAUUGAUCUGGUUCUGUCCACUUCCACUAUGCCCAAACUUCUGGGAAUCUUCUGGUUUGGUGCUAGUGACAUUGGUCUGGAUGCCUGCUUGGGACAAAUGUUCCUCAUUCACUGCUUUGCCACUGUGGAAUCAGGCAUCUUCCUUGCCAUGGCAUUCGAUCGCUAUGUAGCCAUCUGCGACCCACUACAUCAUACCACAGUGCUCACUCAUACUGUGGUGGGUCGUUUGGGGUUGGCUGCCCUCCUCCGGGGGGUUCUCUACAUUGGACCCCUACCUCUCAUGAUCCGCUUGCGGUUACCCCUGUACAAAACUCGUGUCAUCUCUCACUCCUACUGUGAGCACAUGGCUGUGGUCACCUUGACGUGUGGUGACAGCAGGGUUAACAAUGUCUAUGGACUGAGUAUUGGCUUUCUGGUGCUGAUCCUGGACUCAAUGGCUAUUGCUGCUUCCUAUGUGAUGAUUUUUAGGACUGUGAUGGGGCUGGCUACCCCAGAGGCUAGGCUUAAAACCUUGGGGACGUGUGGAUCUCACAUCUGUGCCAUUUUGAUCUUCUAUGUUCCCAUUGCUGUUUCUUCUCUCAUUCACCGAUUUGGUCACCAUGUGCCUCCUCCAAUCCACACACUAUUGGCCAACUUUUAUCUUCUGAUUCCUCCAAUCCUCAAUCCUAUUGUCUAUGCUGUUCGCACUAAACAGAUCCGAGAGAGGCUUCUCCAGAUCCUGAAGACAGAAACUAAGAUCAGGUGA